AUGUCAUUUCUCCCAGGCAAGACUAAAAAACAUCAAAAUAACAACGCAUAUCCAUGGUCACAGAAAAAACUUGAAAAUCUAAACCCGUUUCCGAGAUUCGGGCACUCUGCUAGUCAGAACGCACAAAAUAAUGAUAUUUAUCUUUUCGGUGGAAUUUCGCAAGGAAAGGCAAAGAAUGACGUCUUUUUGGUAGAUGCUAAUUCACUUAAAGUUAGCUCUAUAACAACAACGGGGACAAUACCUCCACCUCGAAGUGAACAUACCCACGUUAAUAUAGGAGAGCAUAUGAUUGUAUGGGGAGGGAUAUCUUUAAAUUCCGAAGAGAAACCAGAUGAUAGUCUCUAUAUACUGAAUACAGUAUCAAAAGAAUGGACUAAACCAAAUAUAUUUGUUAAUAAACCGAUUGGCCGUUUCGGUCAUACAGCAACAGUUGUUGGCACGACAAUGUAUAUUUUUGGUGGCCAGGUGGAUAAUUAUUAUUUGAAUGAUUUAGUGGCUCUUGAUAUGACAACACUAAAUUCCUCCACACCACAUUGGGAUCCAAUUGUACCUAUAAAUGAUCCGCCUGAUGGUCGAGCUGGACACAUCGCAUGUGCAUACGAGAAUAGAAUAUACAUAUUUGGUGGCACGGAUGGCGAUCAAUGUUAUAAUGAUACAUGGUGUUAUGACAUUCGUAACAAUAUAUGGAGUAAGUUAGAAUGUAUUGGCUAUAUUCCUCUUGGACGCGAGAAACACGGAGCUUGUCUCGUAGAUGAUGUUAUGUAUAUUUUUGGUGGCCGAAAUAAUAAUCAAGAUGAAUUAUUUGACCUUGCCGCAUUUCGAAUAAGCAAUUAUCGAUGGUACAUGUUUCAGAAAAUGGGUCCAUCACCUAGUCCACGAUUCGCACUUGCUAUGGCUGCAUCACGGGAAAAAGUUUUCGUGUUGGGUGGUGAUUCUAAUCAAUCAUGUAAACCAGAUGAGGAAUUCUCAAUACACGUUCUGGAUACUUCACCAGUCCUUGAAAGAGGAAGCAUGGAACAGGGAAUUCGAGAGCCACUUUCUCCGACGAGUUUUCAAUCUCGAAGUCCAUCAUCAGAAAUAAUUCGUGGUGCUGGUGGAAAUGCUGGUGUCGUUAAUCAAUCCUCUGGUCCUAUCAGAAAAUCGGUUAAAAUGAAUAAUCAACAACCACAACAAAUAAUUUACGAAGGUGAUGCAUUUUAUCAACGUCAAAUACGCCCUGAAUUGUCUAACUCAUACGAUGGAAGGUCUCAACCAUCACCCCGAUCAAUUAAUAGCUCAGAAUCUCAGGGUCAAUCACCUUCAAGACAAGGAUCACCUCUUUUGUUUGGUACGGAUGGAUUUCCGCGACAAUCUUCACCGCUCUAUAGGGGAUCAGAAAAUACGCCUCCCCAGAAUUCGCCUCGACCACCUUUAGAAUUUAAUAAUAAUAUAGCAUAUUCAUCUCCAUCACCUCUAUUACCAUUUCAAGUAUUACCACCUCAAGAAAUAGUAAGUCCACGUUCUCCUGGAUAUCCAAAACGCCCAUAUACUGGUCCAGCUCAAAGAUCUCAAACAGAUAUUGAUAUAAAUGGGGUGCCAUCAAGAAACCCUCAAAUUCAGAAUAACAUUGGCAUGAAGAAUGCCAAUCCUCAUCCGGAUUUAUUUCGUGUUACUGAAAAAAGUACAUCGCCUCAAUCUCCUGGACAAUCAGCAAAUCCUGAAUACGAAGGUGGAAGAAAUAUUCAGAGACACCAUAGUGUAGAGAGUUUUGAUGAAAAUAAUAGUGUUGGUGUAAAAGGAUCGCAUAUCACGCCAGUAGAAAAGAUACCAACGCUUGUAAGUCAUGAUUCCGAUUCUAGAUUAAAUGAUUAUCAACAUCCUCGACAGGCUCCUCAUCCUCCUAUAAAUGUGAUUCCAUCGACCGGACGUAGUUCCCCUUUUGGCACCACACCUAAUCCAGCGUUAUCAUCACCAUUAGCCAUAACAACUCAAUUACCAUCUAAUAGUAUAUUAUAUGGUGGUGGUUCAUUAUCACCUCUGUCAUCAAGUGAAACUAGUAGCAUUAAUACAAUUAGAUCCCCAAUAAUAACUUUUGAGGAUGAUCUGCAAUUGGAGCGUUUUCCAGCUCCAGUAGUGAGUCAAGAGCGUGACAGUCUAUUGAAGGAGCUUGCUGGUCGGGACAAUUUAAUAUCAAAACUUCAGAAACGUGAAAAUUGGUUGAAAAUUGAAUUGGCUUUAGCAAGAAAGUCAGGAUAUACACCGGAAACAGACAGAGAUAAUAUAAUGCCAGAAGGAAUUGAUAUGGAUCAAUUGAUGGAACUUGGUGAUGAUGGUUCAGAGAGACAAAAAGUUUUGCAGGCUAUCAUUAAAAUAAAGCAAGAAUUAAAAAAAGCAAAGGCUUCGAUUGCAAAUCAAGCACAAGCAGCUUCUCAAAGGAUCGCAGAGUCUGAACGUGCACGUACGGCCGCACUUCAGGAAGCCGCGUAUUUUAAAGCGAAAUUAACAGCAUUGACUAAUGCAUCAGAGUCAGAACUUGCUGCAAUAGAAGUUGAAAGAGCGCGAGACCUUGAAAAACGUUUAACGCAGGCAUUAACAGAGAAAGAAUCCCUCGAAUCGAAAUUGAUUCAAUAUCAACAGUCCUCAAAUCAUGAAAAGGCUUCACGUGAAUCUGCCGAAGAACGUGCUAAAACUGCAACAGCGCGUGCUGAGGAAGCAGAAGAAGCACACGCAGCAGCAUUAGCAGAUUUGGCUAAUCUACAUUCACGUGCUACAACUGCUGAGAAUCAAAUACGAGACCUAAAUUCUCGAUUAGCUGAAGUAAAUUCAGAAUUAGUGCAAUGCCGCACGGAAAGUUCAAGUUCACGAAGUCAAGUUAAUAAUCUUCAACAAUCUCUUGAACAACAUCAACGAGCACUUGAAACCGCUAAUAAUGCACUUAUUGCCGCCAAUGAACGUGCUAAAGAAGCAGAAACAUUAUGGCGAGAAGCACGCCAAGACAUUACAAAAUUGGAAAAAGAAGCUGCUGGUCUUCGUGCAGAAUUAGAUAUAAAAAUGCGAGAUUUGGAUCGUGCAAAGGCAAGAGCAGAAGAUAACGAACGAUUAUUGGGAAAAUCUCAAAAAGAGGUUGAUGCCGUGCGUAUAAUGAUGCAAGAAGGCAUGACCGAAUUAUUAAACACAACCAGAUCUGCGGCUUUGGGGUUUACGGAUGAUCCAUCCGAAGCUGCAGCAAAAAUCACUCAAUUACAAGAAGAAGUCGCCUCACUUAAAACAUUGCAAACCGAAACACAAUCUAAUGCAAAAGUUGCAUCAGAUUCACUCUCCGAAGCAAUGAUAAAAAUUUCACAGAUGGAGGCUGCUAGCAUGAAAGUAAGAUCAGAAACUGCAGCUCUACAACGAAAAUUAGCCGAAGCUUUAGACGAAAUGGCGAGACUAAAAGAUCGAGUAAGUGAAAGAGAACACGAAUUAUUAGACAAAUCGAGAUUACUCGAAGAUGCAGAAGUAAAGGUGGGAAUGAUGAGGGAUGUAAUGUCAGAAAAAGGAAUAUUAGAUGAUGGCGCAGGUGGCAAAGGUAUGACCAUUCGCUAUAAAGAAUUAGAGUCAAAAUACUGUGAACUUGAGAAUGACUAUAACAGAUUACUUCAGAAAAGAAAAGAUGAUGGAGAAAAGAUAAGGUUUUUCGAAGAAAUAGAUCGAUCCAGUAGUGCCGGUUCAAAUCAUCCUAAUGAUCCACAAAUAGAAUUCGACGAUAAGCGAAGCAGCAAUGAAAGUGGCGGCGAUGUCGAUCGAAAAUUAAUGGAAACUCGCGAGCGAUUAAAACAAGUGGAAGCUGAUUAUCAAACGGCCGUACAUUAUGUAAAAGGUACCGAAAAGAUGUUACGACGUAUGAAAGAAGAGUUGACAAGAGCCAAAAAAGAAAAUGUGAAAAUCAACGAGAAAUCGAGGGUUAUUCAAGAAAAAAAUGAAGAUUUAGAAGAAAAAUUGGCGGAAAUGGAAGCAAAUAUAUCAGUAAGAAAAGGAGUUCGAGAAUCAAAACUUCAAGAAUAUGCAACUGCUCGACUCGAAGAACAACGAAAGGAUUUCAUAAGGGAAAAAGAAGCUUUCCAACAAGAAAUUAAUGGAUUACAAGCACAACUUGAACGAGCCACUGACGAGAGAAAUAUGAUGGAUGCAGAAUACGAAGUUUUGCGUAAAGAAUAUGAAGUAUUACGUAAGGAACAUGAUGGACUUCGAAAAAUGGAUGCACAACUUCAAGAGCAAGUUAAAAAUUCGGAAUCGCAUGUUGUUCGAUUAAAUGAAGCAUUGGUAUCUGCUCAAACUGAAUUGGAUGAUGUAUUAACAUUAAAUCAAGAAUUAAAAGCGGCAAUAGGAAAAGAUGGCAACAUAAUUAUAAAUGUUCCGGAUUCUGCUCGUCUUGAACGUAAUCGAUGGGAAGAGCAUCGCGUGAAACUUGAACGUGAAAUUUCUGAAUCCCAUGGUCAAAAAUCAAAGCUUGAAAAAGAAAACACUGAACUCGAACAAAAAUGGCGAGAAGCUGAGAAUAAAAUUGCCAUACUACUUGAUCAAAUGGAACAUGCAGUAGAUACAUAUCGAGAAAUUGAAGAUGAUAUGCGAGAUAGCAGUCCACGAAGUAGUGGUGCUUUGGAUUCAUUAGCCAAUGAAUUGGAUAUAUUGAAAUCUCAAUGGGAUAUUUCUCAUAGAGAUUUGGAAUCUAUAUCGAGUCCAACAACCGAUGAUGAUUAUGUUGAUUCAAGAUGGAGUCGAUUACCUGAUCGUAGUAAUGGCGAGGAAGUUAAUGGAAAACGUCAAACUGAAGAAUAUGAAGAUAUGAUGGCUGCUUUGAAUGAAGUUCGAAAAGUAUCUGAAUCACAUUAUUUAGGUUCUUCAUCAAAUUUCUCUUCACCUGCUCCUUCAGUAUCAACCACGCCAAACCCCACACUUGUUUCGUAUAAUCAACAGACCGCUGCACAAACAAAAAUAAAUACGACAAACGUACAUAAAACUCCGAAUGCAGCACAUAACCAAAGUGUAAUCGAUCAGAUUAGGGAAACUCUAAAUUUAACACCACCACCGACACCACCAGUAUUAUCAUCCCAAUAA